GGGGACAAUGACUGGAUCCACAUGCAACAUAGACAGUAACCAGCAGAGUGAUGCAGUGUACUGGUGUGAGUCUGGAUCAGGAGAGUUCAGCAACGCCGUCAACAUCACUAUACAGAAAACAGAUAUUAUCCUGGUGAGCCCUGUCCAUCCUGUGACUGAGGGAGAUUCUGUUAGUCUGAGCUGCAGAUUGAGAAGACAAACAUUUGAGUCCAAUGUGUUUUUUCUAUCUAAAUGAGAAACUGAUUCAAAAUGAUACCAGAGGGGAGCUGAAUAUCUCUGCAGUGUCAAAGUCAGAUGAGGGUUUCUACAAGUGUCAAUACUCACAACAAGUGUCAGCACAGAGUUGGAUGUCAGUUAAUGCAGUGUCCAGGCCUGAAAGCUCUUCCUCUCCUGUAGCGUUGAUUGUUGGGCUGGUUUGUGGAAUCAUACUCAUCAUUCUUCUGCUCCUGUUGUAUCGCUACAGACCGUCCAAAGGUUCAUGGUUUAUCAGAUCAAACCAGUCUGAGAGCAUCAAUCAGGACUCUAACACAAAUCAUGUGGUCAACCAGAAUGAAGCUCAACGUAAUGACUACUCCACUCAUCUCCAUGGUGAUGCUCCUCUGUAUGAAUCAAUCAAAGGCUUUGAGGACACUGGAAACGAUGCAGGUGGAUCCCAGGAUGUCACUUAUUCUUUGAUUGAACUUAAAAACUUUGGAAAGAAGAGGAAGCAAAAGAAACCAGAGGAGAGCGCUAUUUACUCUGAUGUGAAAACAGCAACUGCAGACGACAAUCUGAUGUAUGUUCAAGUCAACCACCAGAAUAAAGGCAAAGCCAAGAGAAACAAAGGAAAAUCACCUCCUGCAGCAACUGCUGACGCUGUUUAUUCUGAAGUUAAACCAGGAACAGCUCUUGGUAAUAAUGCUGCCGUCUGAUGUGCUUACUGUAAUGACUUAUUCUACAGAUAAUUAAAUGGGUGGAAGCCAGAAUAACAUGUCAGAAAAGCAUCCUUAUGUCUUUAAUAACCGUAUAUCUUUGUCUGUAAGAGAGCCAGCUAUCGAAAUUUCAGACAUGUUCAGUAUUUUGUACAGUUAAUUUCUUAGCGGAUAAUAUAAAAUAAUUACAUCAUAUGGAUUUAGUUACUACUUUAAGCACAAAGCAUACGCAUUAAGAUGUUUUACAGUUAUGUAUAAAGUUUUUGUGGGAAACAGAAUGCAAGCUGUUCCAACAGUUUUAUCUAGUACAUUUAACCUUUAGUAUCCAGGUGAUAGUGCAGCUUUUAGUCAGCAUCUUCUUUAGUGUUUAUGAGAAAGAUCGACAAUGGACAUCAACACUUAUUCAUGUAAUUAUCUGUGUUGGACAAUAUAUCUUCACAUCUCUGCCCAUUUUGGGUGAGCCGGGAGCCCGGUGGAGUCAGGACUGCCAAA